CAGUAAAUUAACUCAAGGAGAAAGCGCUCGGGUACCGCCAGAGGGAGAGUCACUCAACCUCCCGCACUGAGAGGGGAGGGAAUGACAGAGAGAGAGAGAGAAAAUCAACAAGAUUCGUACAAGUGAAAUGUGAAACGACUUCAGAGCAAAGCCGGAACGUCCUGAUUCUGCGUUAAGAUCUUCCCCUUUCAGCAUCCCCCCCUCGCCUGUGUUCUGUGAUUGUGUCGCGGACGGUGAACGUGUAUUUAUUGAAGGUGCCUAGGCGCAGCGAUGUUGGAGCAAAGUGGGAAUCGAGUGACACCCCAGGGCUUGCUUUAUAAGGACCUGUCGCAUUUUGUCAACGCGGAUGGGAAUUACAUUUUCUGUAGAUCCUGGGAACCUCCCGGACCGCCCAGGGCGUUAGUGAUGAUCAUUCACGGUGCGGGAGAACACAGUGGACGCUAUGCGGAAGUUGUUUCAAUGCUGACAAAGCAAUCCCUAUUUGUAUUUUCACAUGAUCACAUUGGCCAUGGGCAGAGUGAAGGCAAGCGGAUGGUUGGGUCUGAUUUCAGAAUCUACGUCCGGGACUGCCUGCAGCACCUUGACAUGAUGAAGGACCGUCACCCAGGCUUACAGAUUUUUCUAUUUGCACAUUCCAUGGGCGGAUUGGUGGCAAUCUACAUUUUGCAUGAGAGACCAGAGGACAUUGCUGGCGUGAUCUUUGUGGCACCGUUGGUGAUAUUGAAUCCCGAAGCUGCAACGCCAAUGAAGGUGUUUUUAGCCAGAAUGUUGGACUACUUCCUGCCAAACGUGCCUUUGGGAUAUAUGGAUCCACACUCUCUGUCAAGAAACGCAAAGGAGGUGCAAGACUACAUUGACGACCCUCUCAACCACCACGGGCCAGUGAGGGUGCGAUUUGCUGCCAUGCUCCUUAACGCAGUGACCAGUGUCGAGAAGGUGCUGCCCACUAUAACCAGCCGGAUGCUGCUUUUACACGGUGAUGCAGACAAGCUGUGUGACGUCAGCGGCUCCUAUCUCUUCUACAAAACCGCAGCCAGCUCAGACAAGACUCUGAAGGUGUUUGAGGGAUCUUUCCAUCAACUUCACAAGGAGCUGACAGAGGUCACUGAGGAAAUGUUUGAACUGAUUGAAAAGUGGCUCAAUGACAGACUGUCCCUGGUGGAAACAUGAGUGAAAUACGAAAAUGAGAGAGUUUACUAAGUGUUAAUUUAUACAGGGACUGAAUG